AUGAUGGAUCGAACACGACUUUUUUUGGCGGCGGAGUUCAAGCAAAAGUCCCGCUGGUCAAGCGUUUGGCCCAACAUGCAUUACGGUGCCAUGUACCUUAGUUACAGCAUUGGCCGAAAGCUUCCUAUGAAGGGGGUGAAUUGGGUCACGCGGGAAUCCAACCGUUUGACGAACUUCUCAAACCGAUACCAAGCCGUUAUUAACGACAUUGACGUGAAGAAAACUGAAGAGGAACUUGGCAUCACUCUGCAAGAUAUCCGUUGGAAUGAUCACCGCCGCAUUUACUGGAAAUGCUCCUUUUGCGGUUCCUCCUACCGCAAGAGUGUCAGUGUGCGCACGAAGUUUCAUGCGGGAUGCAACUUUUGUAAGGGUAGGUAUCCUUCCGAAGUCUUACGCGAACAGCAUCAGAGUUUGUCGCUUGCAGCGUCUGCACCGGAGCUGAUAAAACAGUUGAAGGAGACGGAUAAAAAGGAUAAUUUAGGGUCGCUGGCCCUCACGAGCAAAUUUCGCGCAGAGUGGAAAUGUCAGAGCUGUGGCGGUUCGUACCGCGCGAGCGUACGCAGUCGCACAGGUAUGGUGGAGAAUGGUCAAUGCCCGCUGCAUCCAAACAUUGUCGACUGGUCGGCGUACUGUCCGUCGUGUUCAUGGAGGCCAAAUAUGGAGGCUAUUGCGGAGGAGGUGCAGCGCACCGGCCAGUUCCUUGGAUUAGAAGCAGAAUCGAGGAAAAUUGCGUCGGCACCGCCAGCGCGUAUCCCACGCCGCAAGAAGUUGGUCUCCUGA